AUGCAAAAAGAAAUCAGCCAAGUAAAAGUAGUCCUUUUAGGGGACUCAGGCGUCGGAAAAUCUAGCAUUGUCUUAAGGUUUGUAGCUGAUACUUUUCAUAACAAUCUUGAUCCCACUAUUGGAGCUUCGUUUCUAUCUAAAGCAAUCGAAGUCGAAAAUCACAGCAUAAAAUUCAGCAUUUGGGAUACUGCAGGCCAAGAAAGAUAUCACUCGUUAGCAAGGAUGUAUUAUGCAGACGCAGCUGCCGCUGUAUUAGUUUAUGAUAUUACCAAUAGAGCUUCUUAUGACGCUAUGAAACAUUGACGUGAUGAACUUGGGGAGUUCGGUCCUAAAAAUCUUGUUGUUGCUAUAGCAGGAAAUAAAGAAGAUUUGAUAGAAAAAGAAGAGGUCGAUUUUAUUGAAGCAAAAGCAUAUGCUGACUCAAUUGGAGCAAUUUAUAGGAAAACUAGUGCAAAAACUAAAUAUGGGGUUGACCAAUUGUUUAAAGAUAUUGCAUAUAAGAUAACGGUGGGGAGUGAGCCGAGCAAUGGAGGUCAGCAGCAGAGUCAAGAAAAGCCGAGGACGAUUUCAAUAGCAAGAGAUAAUCCCAAUAAUCCUUCAUCACCUGAAAGCACAUCAAAAAAAGGAGGCUGCUGUUAA